AUUGCAGAGAAUAGUACACUGAGACAGCAGAGAUAGCAAGCAAACUCCGAACUCUCCAAAGUUCCAAACCCAACUCAACCCAAUCAAUCGCUCUGAAAGCAAAAGGGUGGCUAGCUUUUGCUUCCCCCAUACCCCACGCUGAUGGACAGUUUGUCUAGCUAGAUAGCACCUUUCUACCAUCCUUCUUAAUUCCCUCUCCUUCUUCGUGUGAAAAAAACACCCAAUCUUCUUCCUCCCUUUAUUCAUUAUUAAUUGGGAAUUGUACGGUCACUCUGAAAACUGGUUGGUUUCUUCAUUGCGCAGCCUAGAUAGAUAAUCCUCUUUAAUAGGAUCGUUUCUUCCAUUUUUAUUUUUAUUUUUUCAUUUAUUUUUUUCAUUUCUCUUCAACAACCUCAGCAUGCAUCAAAUUUCCAUAAAGUACAAAAGGUUCUCUUUCUCUUACACUCUUAUAGCUUCUUAAUUGAUUCCAUACAGUCUCUCACAAACUCCGCGGAGUUUCAUGCCAUGUGUGUGUUUAAUUUCCAGAUUUUUUUUGUUAUAUAUUUAAAUUUUCUUCUUUUUUUUUUUGUGAAUUUUAAGGUAAUUUCUGGGAUUCAUUAACAGCAACCAGUCUCUUUUGUUUGCUUUGUCAGGAUCUGCGAAUAUCAAAACCGAGCUUCAAAUUAAGAGGCUAAUCAAGGUGUACAGAUCAAGACACACACACACAUAAAAAAUAAAAAAAAAAGGUUCAUUUUUACGGACAAAAAAAAGAAGCAGAAGAAGAAGAAGAAGAAGAGAAUUUUGAGAGACAUGGCAUCGUACUUUCAUGGUAACACUUCAGACAUCCAAUCCUCAGCAGAAGGGUUGCAGACACUUUACCUUAUGAAUCCAAACUACGUACCUUACUCUGAUGCGCCGCAACAACCAACGCCCAACAUGUUUCUCGUUAGUCCCAACACAACUAACAGUGCUACGACUACUCCACCCAACGCGCUCAACUUAAUCAACUUCUCCCACGCGCCGCCACCUCCAUCACCCAACAACCACCAUCAUCAUUAUCAACAUCAACACCUAAUUGGGGUCACCAUUCCCGCAUCAAACAUCCUCGGAUCCACCACCACCGACGAUCCCGCUCGACAGUCCUUCCUCGGACAACAUGAAAUCUCCGGCUUUCAUGGCUUUGCUGCCGCCGCUACCACCGCCGCCGACGCCACUGUAGCCCCUCGUGCUCACUAUAACUUGUGGCGUUCCAUGAUUGAUCAAACCGCCUCUUCUGCGGUGACAACCAGCCCAUCUAGCAAUUCCGGCGGCGUCGCCUCCGCCAUCGCUGCCGCAGAUGUGUCGCCGCGGAUUGGUUUUCACAGGCCUAGUUAUCAACAGGGCUUAUCACUUAGCCUUUCAUCGCAGCAACAAACAGCUUAUAGGUCUCUCUCCGGCGAUGUCGACUUUCAGGCUAUAUCUCCGGCGAGCCGUGGCGGCGGCGGCGGCGGCGGUGGCGAUAUUCACAGCUUUAUUUUGGGGUCCAAGUAUUUGAAAGCCUUGCAGGAGCUUCUAGAUGAAGUUGUUAAUGUGGGUAAGGGAAUCUACAAAGGCGAAUCUUUAGAGGGUGCUAAGAAAGAGAAGAUGAAAGCGAAUAUUGAAUCCAAGUCUAUGAUCGGUGAAGGUUCAAAUGGUGGAGUAGGAGAAAACAGUGGAGGCAACAAGCAAGGAACUGAACUCACCACAGCACUGAGACAAGAUCUUCAGAUGAAGAAGUCCAAACUUGUCAGCAUGCUCGAUGAGGUUGAGCAAAGGUACCGACAAUAUCACCAGCAAAUGCAAAUUGUGAUAUCAUCAUUUGAGAAGGUAGCGGGUUUUGGGGCGGCAAAAUCUUACGUAGCCCUUGCCUUAAAGACCAUCUCAAAGCAAUUUCGGUGUCUUAAAGAUGCAAUCUCUUCACAAAUUAGGACAACGAGUAAGACCUUGGGCGAAGAUGAUUGCUUAGGAGUUAAGGUAGAAGGUUCGAGGCUCAGGUAUGUUGAUCACCAUCUUCGACAACAACGGACACUACAACAGCUUGGAAUGGUCCAGCACAAUGCUUGGAGGCCCCAAAGAGGCUUACCUGAACGAGCUGUUUCCAUUCUUCGUGCUUGGCUUUUUGAGCAUUUCUUGCACCCCUAUCCUAAGGACUCUGAUAAGGUUAUGCUUGCAAAACAAACUGGACUUACUCGGAGCCAGGUGUCUAAUUGGUUUAUAAAUGCCCGAGUUCGGCUAUGGAAACCAAUGGUUGAAGAAAUGUACUUGGAAGAAACCAAGGAGCAAGAGCAAAAUAAUGGCUCCCAGGAUAACAAAAAUAAAUCAAAAGAAUCAAGCAAGGAGUUAUGGUCAGCAGCUAAUGUUGCACAGGAAUCAGGGUCUUCUGACAUGCAAAGAAGUCCAAAAAAGCCAAGAAGUUCUGAAAUGCAGAACUCUCCAGGUAGUAUCCUUUCAGUGGACAUGGAAAUGAAGUCUGAGACAAAUAGAGAAAGGCACAAAAAAGAUGGGUACCCUUUAAUGACUGGCAAUGAAAACCAUGUUGGUGGUUAUGGUGCAUUCUCCUUGGAAGAAGACAUUGGAAGGUUUAAUGUCACUGAGCAUUUGGCUCCAAGGUUCCAUGGAAAUGGUGUUUCUCUCACUCUAGGACUUCCCCAUAGUGAGAACCUUACUCUCUCUGGAAACCAGCAUGGAUUUCUCUCGCAGAAUAUACAUUUGGGAACCAAUGAAAAUGAGUUUUGUGCUAUCAACACUCCACCUUCUUCUCACUCAGGAACCAGUUAUGAGAGUAUUGAUAUUCAAAACAGAAAAAGGUUUUCUGCACAGUUAUUGCGGGAUUUCGUGGCCUAAGAAGUUAUAACUAGCUAGCAAUGAUACUUGACAUACCCUAUGUAUGAGGGAAUUGAAAACUUUCUUUUUCUGCUACUGCAUGCUAUCCACAAAAGACAAUUCAGUUCAGUGUUUCCCUCGUAACACUAACAAUUAGCAGAAAACUUUAGCUAGCUAGCAGCACAAGAAAAGAAAUUGCGAGAGGUCUAUGAAUGCAUGUACAAGCCCAAGCAUUGCUUACGUCACAUAUCAUCCAUCUGGUAUAUUGAUAUUCCCGGUAUAAAGAUGGAAACUAGUAUAAUUAAGAUUAUAAACUUGCAGAGUAAUUCAGUUCUAUAUAUUUUGAGUUAGUUUAAUUAUAAGAUUCAAGUUGAGUUGGGAAGGUAUAUUUGUAUAUGGUAUUGUAAAGUAGCCAGGAACAUAGAAGCAAUUGAAUGAUGAUAUCUUUGCAUAGGAUAUAUAUAUAUAUAUAUAUAUAUAUAUUGGAGACGAUAAUGCUCUGCUCUGUAAAAUUAAUUAUUGCUGCAUGUAAAUUUUGUUUCUUGUACGUACAUUUGCAUUUGCGGCUGAUAGGUGGGUGGGGUGGAAUUAAUGCAUGAAAAGUAUCGCGAUGUAUAAAUUUUGGAUGCUUUCAUUAACAU